CUUGGCUUUCAUUGUUUGGCUUAGUCACGCAAUAGGAAUGUGGGUGGAGCAUCACUUCCAUAAAAACAGCGCGCUGUGGUGGAGGCAGGUUGUGUUGAAGCUCGUCCUGAGGAUUGCAUUGAUACCUGUCUACCUGAGUCACUUCCCACUCGCUGUAAACCAUGGCUGAAGAUGAUGUUGCUGCACUGGUGGUGGACAAUGGCUCCGGGAUGUGCAAGGCUGGCUUUGCAGGGGAUGAUGCCCCCAGAGCUGUGUUCCCCUCCAUCGUGGGACGGCCUCGACACCAGGGUGUGAUGGUGGGAAUGGGCCAGAAAGACAGCUACGUUGGGGAUGAAGCCCAGAGCAAGAGGGGCAUCCUGACCCUGAAAUACCCAAUUGAACACGGGAUUGUGACCAACUGGGAUGACAUGGAGAAGAUCUGGCAUCACACCUUCUACAACGAGCUGCGAGUGGCCCCAGAGGAGCACCCUGUCCUCCUCACAGAGGCUCCACUCAAUCCCAAAGCCAACCGGGAGAAGAUGACCCAGAUCAUGUUUGAGACCUUCAACACCCCAGCCAUGUACGUUGCCAUUCAAGCUGUGCUGUCCUUGUAUGCCUCUGGCCGCACCACUGGCAUUGUGAUGGACUCUGGGGAUGGUGUGAGUCACACUGUACCCAUCUACGAAGGCUACGCCUUGCCACACGCCAUCCUGCGUCUGGACCUGGCUGGCCGGGAUCUCACUGACUACUUGAUGAAGAUCCUGACCGAGCGUGGGUACUCCUUCACAACCACGGCCGAGAGGGAGAUUGUCCGUGACAUCAAGGAGAAGCUCUCCUAUGUGGCCCUAGAUUUUGAAUCUGAGAUGCAGACGGCCAGCUCCUCCUCAUCCUUGGAGAAAAGCUACGAGCUCCCUGAUGGUCAAGUCAUCACCAUCGGCAAUGAGCGUUUCAGGUGUCCAGAAACCCUCUUCCAACCCUCCUUCCUUGGGAUGGAAUCUAAUGGAAUCCAUGAGACCACUUAUAACAGCAUCAUGAAGUGUGAUGUGGACAUCAGGAAGGAUCUGUAUGCCAACAUAGUCCUGUCUGGUGGAACCACCAUGUUCCCAGGGAUCGCUGACCGGAUGCAGAAGGAAAUCACAGCCUUGGCUCCAAGCACCAUGAAGAUUAAGAUCAUUGCUCCACCAGAGAGGAAGUAUUCAGUGUGGAUCGGAGGUUCCAUCCUGGCUUCUCUCUCCACCUUCCAGCAGAUGUGGAUCAGUAAGCAGGAGUAUGAUGAGUCUGGUCCCUCCAUUGUCCAUCGCAAGUGCUUCUAAUUCACUGGAGAUUAGAACUGAUAUAAUGUUGCCUACGUUUGUAUUUGAAAAAUCACUUUUUUAUAUUCUUCUCAAUUUGUUUGCCCAACAUUUGGGGGUUGGCAUGCGUGCGGGGGGGGGGGGGGGGGGGGGGGGGGGGGGGGGUGAUCAUAGUUCAUAAAGUCUCCUGGUGCAGAUUCAGAACAAUUUUGGAUUCAAUUACUCGCAUUGACCAUUACGUAUUUUUGAGAUGCUGGAGACUCUGAAUUGAACUCUGAGCCAGUGAUGUCUGCAGCCCACCCUUGCAUGAAAUUCUGCACCUCUAGUAUAAAGUUUUGAAACUGACAAAAGAGUGUUGAUGGUCACCAACACAAAUUGCACUGAAGCCAAAUAUAAUUGAUAUGUCCAUAAAAUUCUACUGAGGAUCUCAUACAAUGAAGCCAAUCUCCCUGUGCAGGUUUACCAUGUCUCAGUGGUUGAAUUUUCUCCAUUACCUAAUUGCUAUCCAUGGAAUGCUGCUGCUCUGAUAAGUAGAUGAGCCAAUGGGGAGAAUUAGCCACAUACCAAGUGGUGGUUCUAGGAAAAGUGGAAGGUUGGAAUAGACAUGUUAAACAGGGAAUUUGUAUCUUUACCUGCUAUUCACAAAUGUUUAAUAAAACAUGCAUUUGAACAAAA